UGUUAUGCCAACAUAGGAAUACGCUGUCUGGAGUAGCCCUAUCUAUUUUUGUGGAAGCUUGUCUUGUCAAGAUCUGGAUAGAACUGUCAUAAAAAUUGGGUGUGUAGAAAUAAAUCAACAACAAAAAAGUGUCAUUUGAAGAAACCAACGAAGGAAGAUGCUGUUCAACAGUCAAGAACUUAUCUUUCCAUUUUCAGUCAAAGAACUUAUUGAAAUAGCUGUGCCAUUCUUGAAAAAUAUUACAUCGAGCGAUUACCUAAUGGAUCUGAACAUUCUAUUAAUUCAUAUAACAUUCAUUGUUAUGACUGUAAUUGAAUUAUUUCAGCAACAAUCUAUGUUCAAUAUACCGUGUUAUGAUUCUUUCAAACAGAGUUUUGUUUCAAUAAUUUUGUUUCAAAGAUCGCCUAUUCAUGAAUUAGCAAAGAUGGACAGCCACACUUUCUACAAAGAAACCGUUCAACGGGUUCUGAAAGAUAAAGAUAGCAAGGAUUAUCUUGGAAAAACACCCCUACAUGUUGCGGUAGAAAAUAACAAUCUAGAAUUUGGAGAAGCAAUUUUAAAAGGAGGAGCUUGCCUACAUAUCAGAACCGGUUAUUUCCGGUUCGGGAAAACAGCUUUACAUAUCAGCGCCGAAAAAGGUCACAAAGAUUUUGUUGAUCUUCUACUGCAAUGGAAAGCAAAUGUAAAUGAAAAAGCGGGUAUUUCAAGAAAAACAGCUUUACACUUGUGUGUUGAAAAUGUUCAUGAAGAGAUUGCUAAUGAUUUGUUGGCUGCAGGCGCAGAUGUAAAUCUGACUGACGGGGAAGGCAGGACAGCUUUACAUAUUGCUGUUUGCCGUGGGGGUGAGAAACUCGUCCAAUCGCUUUUAGAAAGAGGUGCGGAGAUUAAUGUGAAGGAUAUUUACGGGAAAACAGCUUUACAUUACUGCACAGAAACAGGAAAUAAUAUCAUCAUAAAUCGUCUGCUUAAAACCAAAGCUUCAGCUAACAUUAGAGACAGCGACGGUAAAACAGCUUUACACAAUGCUGCCUAUUACGGGCAUAAUGAGUCAGUUUUAACGCUUGUGAAAGUUACAGAUUUCAUAGACACGGGAGAUAACUACGACAAAACAGCUUUACACUACAGCUCCCAGAGGGGUCACGCGAAAGUCGUGAAGGCGUUACUGGAAGCCGGAGCUGGCGUUGACGUCAAGGAUAGGUACGGUAAAACCCCAUUGCACUACAGCGCUGAAGCGAACACUGCUGACGUCAUGAGAGUGCUCAUCCAAAAUGGCGCUAACCUUGACAUCGCUGACAGUUCCGGUCAGACGGCAUUGGACGUGGCCACUCGGAAAUCAAACGAUGACGCUGUUGCAAUUCUAAAACGAAACGGCGCGAUGCCAAUGAAAGACAAUUUUAACUUAUUCAAUGCAAUAUGGCUACGUUUGAGAUCCCAUGGAGUUACGGCUAGCAUUGAUAAUUCAGCGUAUAAAGUUACCAAGCAAGAAGAUACGAGAGAAAAGCCAGCACACGACACUGACCACAUUACAGUGCCCACACAAUUCAGUAUCGAUAUGGAUAAAGCGGACCAUAAUGAUACUAAUCCUCUAUACGGCAACAAUGUUAUAACUAGCUCGAUUACGACAGCAAGUAUCGAUAUGAUGACAACUGGUUUAAACCAAGGCGAGACUAUAGUAUCAAAUAUAACAAGUAUCGAUGCUAUAUUUGAAGCCGGUACAGAAAAUACAACCGAUACCAAUAUUUUCUUACCAGAUGUGAAUGUCUUAACGGCUGCUUCUCCUAAAGUAUUUGCAGUAAACCACAAUACAGCUACUGUAACUCCGCAUAUUACGGGCUAUAGACAACAGGAGGUUUACAAUACUAAAAGGCUAAAAGCAAAUAAUACUAGUACAAAACAAAUGGGAACAGCAGCGCUAGGAAAUACAACACCAACUGCAAAUACAGCAUCUAAUGAUAAUACAACACUUACCGUACUAACUGCUGAUGCAACAUCAACUGCUGGUACACCAAUAGCUAGUACAACAGAGACAACUGUUGCAGGUGUAUGUACUACCCCAAGUACUGAUAGACCACCUACAACACUUAAUGCUAAAACUACUAAGACAUCAACAAACCCUAGAUCUACCAACUAUCUAAAUGUUAGACAAAAUGAAAAACCACGUAAGACAACCUUGAAAACAAAAAGACACCGACCACCUCAGCAUCGAAAACAUACAAAAAUGACGACAACAUCACCUGAAUUCAAUCCACGCUGUCUGAAAAACCCACCAGGUUUUUCCAUUCCACCACGCCUUCAAGAAAAAUUCACACAGACAAAUCUCGAAAUGUUUGGGGAGAAUCUUCAGACAUUCUUUGAAAAACAUCAGGAGAUGCUGGACGACUUAGACGGUGGUCAAGAAAAUAAACCUGGACAAAGUCAAACCAACGAUAAACAAGACAGUAUGAUGUUCAAACAAGACAAGUUUACUAAGAGUUUUGUCAAGAAAAAGAAGAAAAGAAACAAAAGAACUAUAUUCAAAAGCCUUAUUUCCUACCACUGCAAUCACAUGAACAUCAGCGAAGUUAAAUACCUAUCAACAAAUGGCGAUCAAAACUUUAUUUCGGGAGAUCAUAAUGUGUAUACAUGUAGCCAGGAGAAAUGUGGAUAGGUUAGAGUCACUGAAAGUCAGUAAGUAGUGAUGGUUCUGUGUGCGUGCAGACGUAACUGUGGGAAAAUCGGUAAAUUAAAAAGUAAGAGCUAAAAGCUUUCAUGUUUGUGGUUACAUUAAAAAGUAGAAGUUUGUUGUAUAGAGCUGACAUUCAAUGUUGCACAUAAAACUUUAACAGCAUGAUAUAUUUUUUUUUUAAUUAAUUUAUUUAUUUAUAUAUAGGCGUAUAUAUAUAUUUAUAUAUAUAUAGGGCUAUAUAUAAAUAUGUAUAUUU